AUGCAAAAAUGUGGAAUGUCUGUUCAUGCAAGAAAAAAAGCAAAAAAAACACUUGAACAAGAAAUUGUUGUUCAAGAUGGUCAAGUAUUUAUGUUACCAGAAGAAACAUUAUUGUACAUAUUUAAAUAUUUAAAUAUUAGUGAACUUAUUAUUGCUGGCAGUAUAUGUAAAGCUUGGCGCCGAAUUGCCUACGACGAUGAAUUAUGGAAACGAAUUGAUUUAACGUAUCGUCCAUCAUCCGUUCAUCAAUUAAUGACAUUUUUUAAACGUUUUGAUCGUUCAAUAACCACUGAACUUCGAAUUCAGGGUUUACCGAAAGGUUACACAAAAUUUAAGAGAGUCAAUUUAUGUCAAUGUUCAAAAAGUUUAUGUGAUCAAAUUCAAAAAAGUUAUAAAAAUUUAAAAGAUUUAUACAUGUUUGAGUUUAGUUUUCGUGAAACUCACGAUCGUGCACAACAUAUUAGCUGUUUACCAAGAAAUUUAGAAAGUAUUCAUUUGAUCAAAUGUGAAAUGCCAAUGAUGACUAUCCAAGGUAAUCUUGAUUUUCUAAUGGUGAAAAAUUCGAUGGAUUUUUUUUUGCCUCGUUUACAAGUACUAUCAUUCAAAAAUUCACCAUGUAUUACAUUAUUAUCGGUCAGUUAUCUACCAAAAUUAUGUCCAAAUUUAAUAGAAUUAGAUUUAUCUAAAUGUUGUCGUAUUUCAAGUAGUCGCUCAUUGUCAAUUAUGCUUAUGUCUUACGAACGAACAUUGCGUAAACUACAUUUACAACAAACAAAUAUUGACGAUGAUACCAUUCAUUGUAUUUGCCGAAAAUUAAAACGUUUAGUAUUUUUUGAUAUUCGUGAAUGUAAGAAUGUUACAAUAAUGAUUGUACCAAAUCUAUGUACAUUGAAUCAGUUACAAACAUUAUUAGCUGAAGAACAAUUGUUAAAUGCUUAUGUUGAAAUGAAAAAUAUGACACAAGAUGAAGAAAAUGAAACAGACGCGAUUUGUAUUGAUUAA